AUGGAUCCAGCUGAAAUCCUCGCCGACGUGCAAGAGUUAGAGGAGGAGGGCGAUUAUGAUGGCGGUGAUUACGGCGAGGACAACGAAACCUCGUCACUGAAUAUGGGUGAACCUGCUGAGGAGAACUACAUGAGUUUGGAUGAAUCUUAUAGUGGCAAUAUCAUGCAGCGACAUGGUGAUGAUGAUGAUGAUGAUAUGGAUAUAGAUGAUUCAUUUGCUGAAAGUGCACUCCGGAUGGAUGAGAACGGGGACUUUGUGAGGAAUAUUGUGGACGAUGAAAGUGACAAAUCGCACGUUGAUGCAUCUCAUGAUGACAGCUCCAGCAAAGGAGAUGUAGAUGGUCCAAGCGGUAAGGAUGAGCAUGUUGGUGAUGAUAUGUUUAAUUUUGACACCGGAUUUGAUGAAUAUCAGCAAGAAUCAUUGGACAGGCAUUGGAAGGUGAUGAGGAAGACGUUCAGGUCACUAGGAGAGGCUUACAUUUUCUAUAACCAGUAUGCUUACGAGCGUGGUUUCAGCAUAAAAGAAUAUCAGAAAGGUGAUAUCUUAACUAUGGGAGGUGCUGGAAUCAGGAAACAUAUGAUUUAUGAUACUCUCGUCAGUAGGUACGGGUCAUAUGCAAAGGCUGGUUUUGGGAGGAAGAAGCUUUAUAACAUGUGUUAUAGAGAAAAAAUGAAGUUUCUUGCACAAGGUGAUGCAGACACUGCCAUUGGGAUCAUGAUGACCAGAAGAGAGAGGGAUCCAGAUUUCUUCUUUGAGCACACCGUCGAUGAUGAAGGAAGGCUGAAAAACCUAUUCUGGUGUGAUUCUCAAUCACGUCGAGACUAUGUUGACUACGGUGAUGUGACCGUCUUCGACAGCACAUACAGGAUGAAUAGGUAUGGCAUGCCAUUUAUACCUUUUGUCGGUCUGAACAACCACCAUUGCACCACAGUAUUCGGUUGUGCUCUUGUGUCUGACGAGACGGAAGAUACAUAUGUCUGGCUGCUUCAGACGUUUUUGAGGGCUCACUGUCAGAAGAGGCCCAGGUCAGUAAUUAUUGAUGGAGAUGCAGCUAUGAUUAAGGCCAUCAGAAAGGAACUUUGCUUGAUUUCUGGAGUAUGGAAGAUUGCUCGUCCUUUGAUUGAAGACAGUUUUUUGAUGGAUUGCUUGUGUCUAUGA